AUGAAGUUCAAAGGCGGUGUUUCUCAAUCAAUCCCGGACGUGUCAGUUGGCGACAAUAUAACAAAAAAUGACAAUAAUACAUAUAGUAAUCAAUUUUAUAGUGUAUCUAAUGGUGGUUUUUCAUCGUCUUCACACUCAGUAAACGACUUACAACAAAUAAUAACAUACAAACAAGGAAUCUCGGAUCCGCAGACGUCAAGCGAUGCGAAUCUCGCUGUUAACUUUUCUUCAUAUAAACCUGUUUAUAAAGACUCUGUCAACUACUCAAACAAAAACAUGUAUAUAAUAAAGGGCGAUACAAAGCCAAUAACGCUUCUACCUCAGGCUGAAAAUACUUUAUCCGUUGACAUGUUAUCUCUAUAUGAGACACUUUUACCUACUGCUGAAAGUGCUAAACGUAGAGAAUACUUUGUAAAUAAAAUCGAAACUCUGCUGAAUGCCGAAUACCCUGAGCAUUCUAUUAAAGUGCACCUAUUUGGUUCUUCGAUGAAUGAUCUCGGUAGUUCAAAUUCUGAUGUAGAUUUAUGCGUGACAACAGAGUGGAAUGGUCUUGAGAAAGUGCAGACGUUAGCUAAAGUAUUUCGGAGGCUUGGCAUGAAAAAAGUUAACUGCGUACCAAAAGCAAAAGUACCCAUCGUUCGUUUAUGGGAUCCAGAACUACACCUUGCUUGUGAUUUGAAUGUUAAUAAUACAUUGGCAUUACACAAUACACGACUUAUCAAAACAUAUGUAAAUAUCGAUCCGAGAGUGCGUCCGCUUGCAAUGACCUUAAAACACUGGGCUAAACGGAGAGCAUUAAAUGACGCAGCGAAAGGCGGCACACUCUCAACCUAUACUUGGACUAUUAUGAUUUUAAAUUUUCUUCAAAUGCGCGAACCUCCGAUAUUACCAGUACUUCAUCAAAUGGAUACUGGUACAGAACACACUUUUGUAGAUGGUUUCGAUGCAUCAUUCUAUGAUGAUGUUGAAUCCCUGCGUGGCUUUGGCGAUGCUAACAAAGAAUCAGUUGGUGGACUUUUAUUCGCAUUCUUUAGACGUUUUGCAUUUGAUUUCGAUUAUGAUCACCAUGUUAUUUCAAUUCGACAAGGCAAAUAUCUAACCAAAGUAGAGAAGGGCUGGGAUUCGCGGGGCUGGCUACUGUGUGUUGAAGAACCUUUCAACACUGCGCGAAAUCUUGGGAAUAGUGCUGACGUUGUCACAGUCAGAGGACUUAUAGGCGAGUUCAAAAGAGCCUUUUGUAUUCUAUACGAAAAGGUCAGCUUGGAGUUUUGCUGUAAACAAUAUCAUUUCCCGAAAUUUGAUCACAAUCAGCAGACCCUACAACACACCGGUACUUGGAACAAUUACAAUAAAUCAUCUCCAAAUGGAAAAAGGGAAACAACUACUAAUAAUUAUUCAUACAUAAAGUAUCCAAAUAAUGGACAUUCAAUUGGGGGUGCAGGGGGGGAUAGGCGUGGUGGUGGAGGAAAUAAUUAUGAUGGUCAAAAUGAUUUACAUGAACACACAAAUGGACAAUAUAGUAAUGCACGCAAGAAUAAUACGAACGGGGGUCGUAUUAUUAUUGGUCAAUAUUAUAACAAUAGUGGAGGAGGAACACAUAAUAAUGGUGGACUCUAUAAUGAUAACGAGCAUAUGAAUGAUGCGAGCAUUAACAAUGAACAUUACAAUAUUAUUCAGAGUGGUGGACGCAUUAAUAAUAAUAAUAGAGGCACUACCAAUGGCCAUUAUAAUGGUACUGAAAGUAAUGGACACAUCAAGGACGGGCGCAAUUACAAUGGUAUCCAAAAUAAUAAUGGUCACAUGAAUAAUGGAGGCAUAAAUGGACAUUUCAACAAUGUGAAUACGAAUGGGAAGGAUAAAUACACGAUAAACCAUUACAAUUAUUAUGAACAACAGACCUACGUGACACCAAAUAGUAGCAAACCGACUAUUUAUAAUCAAUACGUAAACAAUGACAGCCAUGCUACUGGAUAUUCCAAUAAUAAUGAUCAAAUUACCAAUGGAAAUAACAGCAGUAAUAAUGACAACAGCAACAUUAAACACGACAAUGCUAUACUUUAUUAUAGCAUUGUGGAUAGCGAAGAUUCACAAUUUAAUAAUAAUAACCACCGAAAUUUAGCUAAGGAAUAUUCAGUCAUAUCACAGGAUGAUACACGAUUGGAUAAUAUUAGUAACAAUAAAAACAACAAUAGAGAUAAUCAGUACGGUAGCAACACAGAUUCAAGUCAAUUCACAUACUCUAGUCCCGGACCGUCCCCGUAUGAACUCCUACAGAUUCUACACGAUAAUGGUCAUCCAUCACCGAAUGGUAGUAAUGCUGAUUGGAAUAGCACAUACAGUAACAAUACGGACAAUAUCAAUCAUAGUGGGAGGAGUAACUCAGCCAAUAGUUCCGAAUACGGUCAUAAUAAUCAUCAUCAUCAUGAUGAUGAUGACGUUUACAAUAACAAUAUUAAAAAAAAUGAAACUCCCGAGGAGUUUAUUAAAAUAGAAAAUUAUCCAAAGAAACAGACUUUUCAGUCAAACUCUAAUAUAAUUAAUAAUAGUAAUAUACGUAGAGAUGAGAGUCAGUAUUCGUCGGAUGUUGUUGAUUGGUCUAAGGAAUCUAGGGUAUGGGAGAGUAAGACACCAGAUAACCCGACAUCAAAUAUUAAUAACAGCAGCAACACGGAUGUAAACAUCAAUGAAAUAAGCGUAAACUCGCUUAAAGAUCUUAACAGCAAUAACAAUAACUUGCAAGUUCGGCAUUCUACUUAUCAACUACAGCAGCAUCGCAAAAAUAAUAACAAUCGCUACAAUAACAAAAAUCGAUGGGUAAAUAACAGUAAUAAUCAUAAUAUAUCAAAAUUAGAUUCAAACAAGGAGCCUGAUCAUCACCAAGAAAAUUACCGACACAGAAAUCAAGCGCAACCAGGGGCUCAUAAUCAACAACUAACUAAUAAUGAUUAUCAAAAGAAUUUGCAACAACAGCGUAGCCAUCAAUCCCAACAACACUCACUGCAAAAUGAAUUAGGUUUUUCACCUCCAUCAUCGUCUAAAAAUAUACAAAAUGCGCAGCAGCAAUCUCACGGUAAUGGUGGUGGUGGUGCUGCUGUUACUCAUCAACCUAAACAGCGACCGCAGCAGAAUAAUCAAAUGGGGAAAAAAUCGCAAAAUGCUCAUCAGCAACAGCAUUAUCAUGGAAUUGGAGUCCAACAAUCCCAACAACCAAUACAAGUUCCAAAGGAAUCUUCGUCACAUUAUCCGCAACAACCUCAGAAUGUUCAACCCCAGCAACGGUCGCAAAAUGAUCCGACUCCAAGGGAAUCAUUACAUUCACAGCAAUCUCGUGGCACUGGUAGCGGUGUUCAAUAUCAAAAGCGACCGCAAAAUGAUCAGUCAGGUGCUUCCUCACCUAAAAAUUUACAAAAUGCGCAACAGCAACCGCGUGGUACUCAAUCACAAAAGAGAUUGCAAAAUGAUAAAAUAUUUCCCAGAAAAGUGCAACAUACGCAACAACAAUCUCGCGUUGCUCAAUCACAGUUGCGAUCGGAAAAUAAUCAACAUUUAUCACCGCCUAUAAAAGAGUCACAGCAACAUGUACCACAACCUCGAAGUUCAGGUCAAUCCCAGCAGAGAUUGCAAAAUGUCCAAUUACCUUUUCCGACACCGAAAAAGUUGCCGCACACUCAGCAGCAAUUUCAUGGUAGUCAAUCACAGCAGCAAAAUGUGCAGCAAUCUCUCAGUGCUCAUUCUUUACAACAGCAACCACAAAAUGAUCAUUUAUUAUUUACGACUCUAAAGGAACCACAGCAUGUGCAGCAAUCUCUCUCUGUUCGGUCCCAACAGCGGCCGCACAACAAUCAAUGGGUUUUCUCGUCGCAAAAUCGUGGUAAUGGUGGUGUUCAAUAUCAACAACAAUUACAGAAUGACCGAUUACAAAUUGAGCAAGAUUAUCCAGUACUGUUUCCAACUAUCAAAGAAUCACAUGUACAGCAAUCUCGUGGUGUCCCGUCUCAACAGAGAUUGCAACAGCAAAACAACGACCAAUCAGGUCCUCCACUAGCUAAGGAAUCAUCAUACCAUCAACCACGCGACGGUGAUCCAUUUCUGCAGCAGUCGCAAACCGAACGAACUGGUAACCUUGAUAUAGUUUUUCCGAUAUCGAAAGAAUCGCAACAGCCACGAGGCAACCAAUCACCUCUUCAACAAUUCUAUCAACCAAGAAAUAACAAUAAUGAUCAUGCUCAACGUUCACAAGCUAACAAACAAACGGGACAAACUCUAAAAGAAUCCCGACAGGCAGGUAUCCAGUCUCAAAGAAUGCAAUCAAAACAGAAAAAUAUAAAGAAAUGA